UUUCCAGGUCAAAUAACUCCGGAGAUGCUGCCAAUAUUUUUAGCACCUCUUGAAAAUCAUACGGUAACUCAAGGGCGUGAUGUGUUCUUCACAUGUGUUGUCAAUCAUUUGCAUUCUUACAAGGUUGCGUGGAUAAAAUCAGACUCGCGAGCAAUUCUAGCCAUUCAUACUCACAUGGUAACACACAACCCCAGACUAUCAGUAACGCACAAUGGCCACGACACUUGGAAACUACACAUCGCAAAUGUCCAGAAAAAUGACUCCGGUACUUACAUGUGUCAAGUUAAUACUGAUCCGAUGCGCAGUCAAAUGGGAUACAUGGUGGUGCAAAUACCUCCGGAUAUAAUGGACGACGAUUCAACAGACGGGUACGUGACUGGAGAACGAGGAAAUAUAAAAUUGCGGUGUGUGGCUAUGGGUAUUCCGCAACCGACAGUUACGUGGCGACGAGAAGAUGGCAGAAACAUAACUCUUAGAGAAGAGGGUCGAGAAAAAGUUUCCGUAAAAAGCCUAGAAAGUGAAACUUUAAAUCUAACUGGAAUCAUGAGGAACGAAAUGGGAAAUUAUCUAUGCAUAGCAAGUAACGGCGUUCCACCAACAAUAAGCAAGCGUUACAACGUACAAGUACACUUUCAGCCAACAACAAAAGUAACAAAUCAAUUAGUCGGGGCGCCGAUUAAUCGAAAUGUCACAUUGGAAUGUACCGUUGAAGCUUCGCCGCGCGCUAUGAAUACUUGGUACCGUGAUAAAGGUGAGAAAUUACUGCCGAGUUUCAAAUACACAAUGUCGGAGUCGGCGUUGAACGAGUACACGUGGCAGAUGAAUUUGACGAUACACAAUUUGGAGAAAAAGGACUUUGGAGGGUACGUGUGUGCCGCGGUUAACGCUCUAGGACACUCUGAAUCCUCAGUAAGGUUGCAAGAACUAGAACUGGCGACAGAAACAACCCCAGGCCCAAUCUCGCGAAACACAGACGCAAAAGUGCGUAAAAAACCUUACAGCAAGCAAAAACCAAACCGGCGACCCAACAACAGUCACGACGACUGGGACAAUAACAAUCUAAGCGAUAAUAACAAUAAAAAUAAUUACAAUAACAUUAACGAGGAGUAUGGCACAACCCAGAUGAUGGGCGGUAGCACUCAAGUGCAUCGCACUGAGAGACCGCUUGCUUCUCCGUCUCCUCCUUGGAAGAUUCUCAACAACACUCCAAGAUUAUCGUCCUGCAAAUCCACGACUCUAUUAUUUCUUUUUAUGACUUUCGCAAUCCACUAG